ACCGGUUUUUUUUCCCUACCAACUCAAAUUACAAACAAGAAACAGCUAAGCUUCUGCAGUAACAAUACAAACACUCUGAGACUAUAAGCAUAACAGCACAGAGCAUAUUUUCUUUGUGUCUGUCUCAUUUUCAGCUCUCAGCUCUCUUUUUCUCUAUUGAAAAAACUUUUUUUGUACCUUAAUUCAUAAUAAUGGACUACUGGUGUACUUCUCUUACUGUUGAUGAUGAAUUUGAGAAGCUUGUACGUAGAAUGAACCCACCAAGGGUUACUGUUGAUAAUACAUCUGACAAGAAAACUACUCUGAUCAAGGUUGAUAGUGCAAAUAAAAGAGGAAGCUUAUUGGAAGUGGUUCAGGUUCUAACUGAUAUGAACUUGAUAAUUAGGAGAGCUUAUAUAUCUUCUGAUGGGGAAUGGUUUAUGGAUGUAUUUCAUGUUACUGAUGAAUAUGGAAAUAAGCUCACUGAAGAUAACGUUGCUGAACGCAUUCAGCAGUCACUGGGACCGACGGGCUGCAGCUUCCGUUCUUUGACAAGAUCCGUGGGUGUUCAAUCUGCAGCGGAGCAGACAACCAUAGAAUUGACUGGGCGGGACCGUCCAGGAUUACUCUCGGAGAUCUUUGCUGUACUCACGGACCACAAAUGCAAUGUGGUAGCAGCAGAAGUGUGGACUCAUAAUUCAAGAAUGGCAUCAGUUGUGUACAUAACUGAUGAAGAGAACGGAUUGUCAAUAGAUGAUUCUGAUCGGCUUGCUAAAAUCAGGCAAUUGCUUUUGUACGUUUUAAAAGGGGAAAGAGACAGGCGAGGUGCCAACACUGCAGUUUCUGUUGGUUCCACUCAUAAAGAGAGGAGGCUACAUCAAAUGAUGUAUGCUGAUCGCGAUUAUGAUAAGGAUGAUAUGGAUUGUAUAUCAAGUGAUCGGACUAAGCCCUUAGUAACUGUAGAAAGUUGUGCAGAAAAAGGCUACACCGUUGUGAAUUUAAGAUGUGCAGACCGUCCUAAGCUGAUCUUUGAUACAGUGUGCACAUUAACCGAUAUGCAGUAUGUGGUCUAUCAUGGUACCCUCAUUGCUGAAGGACUGGAGGCUUAUCAGGAAUAUUACAUUAGGCAUGUGGAUGGAUACCCAAUCAGUUCUGAAGCAGAGAGACAGCGCGUGAUACAAUGCUUGGAGGCGGCUAUAAAGAGGCGAAUUUCUAAUGGAAUAAGACUGGAAUUAUGUGGUGAUGACAGAAUUGGGUUUCUAUCGGAUGUAACUCGCAUAUUUAGAGAGAAUGGUCUUUCUGUUUCCAGGGCUGAGGUAACGACAAGGGGCUCGCAAGCUGUUAAUGUUUUCUAUGUUAUUGAUGCAUCAGGAAGUCAAGUUAAAAGUGAAACCAUUGAAGCAGUCCGUAAAGAAAUAGGUCAGACCGUUCUUCGUGUCAAGGACGAUGAUGUCUGCUCCAGUACUUCACCGCCACAGCAAACUGCGAGAUUCUCUUUGGGACAUAUAUUCAGAUCAAGCUCAGAGAAAUUUCUGUUCAACUUGGGACUAAUUAAGUCAUGUUCUUGAGCAGUAGUUCAGGGCCAUGUACAAUGCCUGUAUAUGUUAAGAUAGAUGUGUCUAAUAUUAGGGUUGGACUAAAGCAAAGUUAGUUAGUUAGUCAACCCUUUUGUUGAUGUCACUCUCAGGCCACAAGCCCAUUUCUUUCUGUAAAGUUUAAUUCAAUGUCUAAAUUAUAACUGUAAAAUGAUCUUGCUUGUA